CUGGCUUCCGGCAGCGCUCUCAGGGGCACUGGCUGCCGGGACCGCGCCUCGGGUCAGUGCGGGGAGUUUGGAGCCCGGAAUCCGGAAGCAGUCGGUGAGGGAGCUGUGGGAGUGGGGAGAGUAGGCAGCGGGGAGCUUCGAAAGCCCGGAGCGUCGGAUGCGAGGAGAGUCCCCAGCCAGGAGCGCCAGGAGCAGCGAGUGUCGGGAGUGGGCCAUAUCCCCGGCAGGCAGGAUGACUGUGAGGAUCUUUGCAAAUUGUAACUUCUGUUUGAAAGUUAAGCACUUAGCUCGUCAACAGAAGAAAAAGCUACAAAAUGACAUUAAGGAGAAUGGUGGAAAUUUUUCCUUUUUAUUAAAUCCUCAGUGCACACAUAUAAUCAUAGACAAUGCUGAUGUUCUGAGCCAGUAUCAACUAAAGUCUAUCCAAAAGAACCAUAUCCAUAUUAUAAACCCAGAUUUUAUAUGGGACUCAAUCAAAGAAAGGAGGCUCUUGGACAUAAUGAAUUAUGAUCCUAAUAAGGCACUGGACAUCACACCACCUCCUUGUCAAAAGGCAAGCAGUUCUGAAGUGACAACAGAUGAUCCGUCCCUGGACAACUCCAUGGAGAAGGAAAACAUUUUGGAAUUCACAGAUUUCAGGUUUUGUAAAGAGAAUGUUGAAAUUCCUCAUUUUCCACAAGACUUUGAAGUUGCAAAAUAUAACACCUUGGAAAAAAUCGGGGCAGAGGGAGGAAAGGAGGUGGCAGUGGUAGAGCUACAGAGCUCCCAGUACCCCAGGGAUCCUGCCUUUCUCAUAUCUGCACACUUCCUCUUGGCCAAUGGUCUCAAGACUAGAAAGUUCUCUGUAAAGAAAACCUCUGCAGAUGCAAGUGAAUACUAUGAAAAUUACAUUGAAGAACUGAAGAAACAAAGUUUUCUGCUAAGAGAACAUUUUACACCUGAAGCAACCCAGUUAGCAUCUGAAAAACUGCAAGCAUUGCUUUUGGAGGAGGUAAUAAAUUCAAGCAUUCUGAGCAAAGAAGUGAGCGAUUUGGUGGAAAUGGUUUGGGCGGAAGCUCUCGGCCACCUGGAGCACUUGCUUCUCAAGCCUGUGAACAGGAUUAGUCUCAAUGAUGUGAGCAAGGCAGAGGGAGUUCUCCUUCUAGUAAAGGCCGCAUUGAAAAAUGGAGAAACAGAAGAACAACUGCAAAAAAUGAUGACUGAGUUCUACAGAUUAAUACCUCACAAAGGCACAACAACUGAAAAAGUGAACCUGAGACUAUUAGCUAAGAAAGAGGACCUCUGCCAGCUAAUAAGAGACAUGGUUAAUGUCUGUGAAACUAAUUUGUUCAAACCCAACCCACCAUCUCUUGCCAAAUACCGAGCUUUGAGAUGCAAAAUUGAGCAUGUUGAACAGAACACUGAAGAAUUUUUCAGAGUUAAAGAAGAGGUUUUACAGAAUAAUUAUAGCAAAGGUCCAGUGGAUAUCUUGCAGAUAUUUAGAGUUGGCAAAGUGAAUGAAACCACAGAGUUUUUGAACAAAUUUGGCAAUGUGAAGUCCUUACUGCAUGGAUCGCCUGUACAAAGCUUUGUUGGGAUCCUGUCCCGUGGGCUGCUUUUACCCAAAGUAGUUGAAGAUCGUGGCACAAAGAGAACAGACAUUGGAAAUCUUGGGAGUGGAAUAUAUUUCAGUGAUUCAAUCAGCACGAGUACUAAGUAUUCCCACUCAGGAGAGACAGAUGGCACAAGGCUCUUGGUUGUCUGUGAUGUAGCCCUUGGGAAGUGCAUGGACUUGAACAAAAAAGACUUCUUCUUGUCGGAAGCACCACCAGGCUAUGACAGUGUCCAUGGGGUGCGAGCAACAGCCACUGUCACCACAGACUUUGAGGAUGAUGAAUUUGUUGUAUAUAAAACCAAUCAGAUCAAAAUGAAAUAUAUUAUUAAAUUUUGUAUAUUUGGAGAUGAAAUAAAGGACUUUCAUCCUUGUAACACUACUGAAUUAGAGGAAUACAGACGUGAGUUUUCAAAUUUUUCAAAUGUUGAAGAUUAUCAGUUAGCAGACACCAAACCUUCCAGCAACUUCAAUUCUGGUCUGCAGGAUGUCUCUGGCAAUUCAGUUCCCCUUGAGGAUGUGCACAUCAAGGGGAAAAUAAUAGACUUCGUAGCCCAGGUCAUUGUUUUUCAGACAUAUACCAAUCGAAGUUCUGUGCCUAUUGAGGCAAGAUAUAUUUUUCCUUUGGAUGAGAAGGCAGCUGUGUGUGGCUUUGAAGCAUUCAUCAAUGGGAAGCACAUAGUAGGAGAGGUUAAAGAGAAGGGAGCCGCCCACCAUGAAUACCGAGAAGCCAUCACUCAGGGCCAUGGCGCAUACUUGAUGGAUCAGGAUGCACCGGAUGUUUUUACUGUUAGUGUUGGAAAUCUACCCCCUAAGGCUAAGGUCCUCAUCAAAGUUACCUACAUCACAGAGCUCAGCAUCCAAGGCAACAAGGCUGUCUUCUUCAUGCCUGCUGCUGUGGCACCCUGGCAACAGGACAAAGUUCUCAAUGAAAACAUUCAGGAUACAGUAGAGAAAAUUUAUAUAGAGAAAAUAGGAACAAAACAAAGCUUCUCUUUGAGUAUGUCCAUUGAGAUGCCAUAUGGGAUUGAAUCCAUUUCUAGUGAUACACAUAAACUGAGACAAAAGUGCACAGACUGCAAAGCGGUAAUUAGCACCGUGGAAGGUAGCUCCUUAGACACUGAUGGAUUCUCUCUUCACGUUGGGUUGUCUGACGCAUAUCUCCCAAGAAUGUGGGUUGAAAAACAUCCAGAAAAAGAAAGUGAGGCCUGCAUGCUUGUUUUUCAACCAGAUCUCAGUAUCACAGUCCCUGACCUAGCUGAAAACAAUGAAGUGAUUAUUUGUCUUGAUUGCUCCAAUUCCAUGGAAGGUGCAACAUUCUUGCAAGCCAAGCAAAUUGCCUUAUAUGCACUGUCCUUGAUGGGUAAGAAGCAAAAGAUAAAUAUUGUCAAGUUUGGCACAGGUUACAAGGAAUUAUUUUCAUAUCCUAAAUCCAUCACAAGCAAUAAUAUGCCAUCAGAGUUCAUUAUGUCUGCUACACCUACCAUGGGAAAUACGGACUUCUGGAAAACACUCCGAUAUUUAAAUCUACUGUACCCUUCUCAAGGCUUUCGGAGCAUUCUCCUUAUAUCGGAUGGGCACCUCCAGAAUGAGAGUCUGACAUUGCAGCUUGUGAAAAGAAAUGUCCAGCACACGAGGCUGUUCUCCUGCGGUAUCGGUUCUACAGCAAAUCGCCAUAUCUUAAGGACUUUGGCCCAGUACGGUGCUGGAGUAUUUGAGUAUUUUAACUCAAAAUCCAAACAUAGUUGGAAAAAACAGAUAGAAGACCAAAUGGCUAGGUUACAUUCUCCAAGUUGUCACUCUGUCUCCAUCAAAUGGCAGCAGCUAAGUACAGAUGCACCUGAGCCUCUCCAGGCUCCAGCCCAGGUGCAGUCCUUGUUCCACAACGAGCGACUCCUUGUCUAUGGAUUUAUUCCUCAUUGUACGCAGGCAACUCUAUGUGCAUUGAUUCAAGAGAAAGAAUUUUCUACAGUAGUAUCAACUAGUGAACUUCAGAAGACAACUGGAACUAUGAUCCACAAGCUGACAGCACGAGCUCUGAUCCGAGAUUAUGAAGACGGCAUUCUCCACGAAAAUGAAACGAACCAUGAGAUGAAGAAGCAAAUCUUAAAAUCUCUGAUUAUUAAACUCAGUAAAGAAAACUGUCUCAUAACGCAGUUUACAAGCUUUGUUGCAGUUGAGAAGAGGGAUGGUAAGGAAUUGCCUUCUCCUAAUAUUCCUAAUAUUUGGGAACUUAUUGCCAAAGAAGAUGUUGAUUUUUUACCAUACAUGAGCUGGCAGGAGGAGCAACCAGAUACCAGUGCGGCACAGCCUCUUUUUGCAUUCUUUGAAUGGAAUGAAGAACUGCAACAACCACAUUUGACUAACAGAAAGUUUAGAUCAUAUCACCUGGAAGAUUCUGAAGAUUCUGAAGAUUUUGAAGAUAGUUCCCAACUAUCAGAAAAACCUUUAACACUCAAUUUUGAGUGUGAAGAUGUGGAAAAGCCAUUGGAUUUAAGUCAGAUGGAUUCAUUUAAACAACCGCUGUGUAGAGAUACUCCUAUCCCAAAACUGGUUAGUUGCAGCAUUUCUGCUGCCCAUGGUUCAGCCCUUUUGGGAGAUGAGCCCUUUGAAGUUGCUUGUUUCCUCCAUCAUCCCCACUUACAUCCUAAGAUAUUUGCUAGGAGUCUCAAAGAGUUUGGUCCAUCUAAGUAUGACCAAGACCUUCAAGCUGACCAUUUGAGUGACAUUACCCCUGCGUCACAUACCCCUUACAGACUGCCUCCCCCACGUCUUAAAUCCUUUGGUUUUUGUGCUCGUGAAGGUGUCUCAUUUAACACCAGUGAUGCUAAUCUACCUGAAACUUACCAAGGCCAUAAGACCGACAAUUCUGCUAACAUUUUCUCUGAGUUGGACUCUCCUCCGCAGCCGAAUAUUGAUUUGCCUCCUCGUAGACUUAAUUCUGCUGGUCCAUCCAGAGGGUUUGCAGUUCAUUCCCUUUCUUGUUCUCCUCUUUAUUUUCAAAAUUCUGCAGUUCCUUUCAGCACCAGUUACAAGCCACCAGCAGAUCUGUUUGCUAACACUGAACUGGAGGCUUCUUUCUGUACAGCUCUUUCUGCUGGAACUUCAUUAUCUCCUUCAAGUAAUGGAAGUUUUUCUGAAACAGAAAAUAAUGGAACACCAGAAUUUCUGGCAAAUUAUUUUCUUCAAGAAGUGACAAUAUCUGAAAAAAAAAAAGAAAAGAAAAAGAAACAAGAAGUGAUAAUAUCUGAUAUAACAAGAAGUGAUUUUAUUGCAAGCUUCCAAGCACAAAAAGAUGAACAGAGCUGGAUGAAUAUUGUGCCUUGGACUGAGCUCUUCAGUCUACAAACUGAGGAUGGCUUCUGGAAACUUACACCAGAACUGGGAUUUAUAUUAAACCUUAAUACAAUUAUUUUAAACAGCUUUCUUGAACAAAAAGGCAUUCGCUCUCUGGGAAUAAAAGGAAGAGAGCGUCUCCUGGAGCUGAUUGCCACAUUUCUGGUACUACAAUUUCUUCGCACCAAGUUGGAACAAAAGGGCAUAGUCUUCAAAUCACUAAUGAAAUUGGAUGAUGCUUCCAUUUCCAGAAAUAUUCCCUGGGCUUUUGAAGAAAUAAAGAAAGCAAGUGAAUGGGUAAGAAGAACUGAAGGACAAUAUCCAUCUAUCUGCCAACGGCUUGAAUUGGGUCAAGAUUGGGACUCUGCCACUAAACAGCUACUGGGGAUCCAAACAUAAACACCACACCUCCUCUUCACAGAGUUCUUAAUUACAGUCAAGCUGAAUCAACUGAAGUUGUAUUUUAAACACUUUUCAUGCUUCCACGUAUAAAAUAGUAAGAUAUCAAUAGAUACCCAUAAUGAAGUUUAAUUAUGAUUUCAUUCAAUUUUAAGUGUUACUCACUUAACAAAAUAUUGCAUAUUACAGAUUUGGGUUUAAAUGUUUUGAGGUAAUAAGAGACACAUCUUGCUUGUCCUACAGCCUCAUUUCCUUCUCCCCUUUAAGGACUCUAGUGGAGAACUGGCCCAGCUGGACUUAGAAAGCUGGGGAGAAAAAAGAUCUUUGGAAGAUGUCAGUGUUCAUGGCAUGCAAGCCUGUUUCCAGGGCCCUGAGUAUCCAGACCUUUGCCUCAUUUAUGCAUGCUCCCUGGUGUGGUUCCUAGUCUAUAGAUCCCCUGAUACAUUUUUUGUCACUUAGAGAAACUAGGUAUCCCAAGCAAGUCUUUCAUGGACCUUGCUUUUGGUGUUGCCUCUAAAAUCCUUAAGUCAUCUAGGUUUCUUCCUAUGUUAUCUUACAGAAGUUUUAUAAAUUUUGCACUUUACAUUUUGGUCUGUGAUCCAUUUUGAGUUAUUUUUUAUGAAAGCUGUAAGGUCGCUGUCUACCUUCCUCCACAUUACCACUUCCAGACCAUUACCUCUCUACCUUUAUGUAAAAACCUUGGUUUCUUUGUUUUUGUUUUCACUUUUUUUUAAAAAAUUUAAAUUCAAUUAGUCAACACAAUGCUCAUCACAACAGAUUUCUUUGAGAUACAGUCUUUUAGCUAUCCUCUAGCCUGUCCUUAUUAUUUUUUUUUUUUUAAGCCUGUCCUUAUUACUGUGAUUUGCCAAAUGCCCAGUACCCACCCUCCUCCACAUAUGGCUCAGGAUUUCCCUUUUUACUGCCCAUCCUGCCUUCAUCUUGAGUAACUUCCAUUAUCCUGAUGUGUGACCCCUCCUAAUUCCCUGGACUUGAACUACAGCUAUAAUUGAGUCUUGGCAGAACAUCUUGUGAUACUCAAAGGAUGGGAAGCUUGUGAGUAACUUCCAUGAGGCCUUUUCCCAUCUGCCUAUCCCACUGAGAGGCAGACACAAGACUAUUUCUAUUUCUCAUCACCUCCCAGUUCUGAGGCAAUAUAAACUCCAAAUAUAGCUGCAGACUAAAAAUCUUCCUAGCUGCAUCUAGAAUUGGCUCCUCAACAGUGAUGUGUCCCACAACUCACAUUGCAAUUAUCUAGCUCCUCUCCAAGAGGAGAUGGCAUCUUUGACUAUUCUUCUUCUUGGUGUUUAUAUAAAUAAUAAUCCAUCUAAAUCUAAAAUAGCUUGUUAUGUUUUUACUGGCUAAAUCAAUCAUGUCUUGCCCUUGAACUUGUCUGCUUGUUUGACAUAAUCACAGAAGAUAACUCUUUUCUUGGUUUAUCAGAGUAAGGGAUCAGCAAUUGAUAAUACCUAGUAGCAGAGUGUGUGAAGGUAAACAGACUUCCUUAUGUUGUUACUGGAACUAUAUACUAGUAAAACAAAGUUUUGCAGCAUUUAUCCAAAUUUAAAUCACUAUCCUCCUUGAAGUAUGAAUUUCACUAGUAGGAAUUCCGCUUCUAGUAAUUCAUCUUACAAAAAUAUGGACACACGCACAUGCAUGUGUUAUAUAUGCAUAUGUGUGUGUGUGUGUGUGUGUGUAUUACAGUUGCAGAACAAUGUGGAAUAGAGCUCAUUUACAAAUUAUAUAAAUGGGUAUUUAUACUUGUAUGAGAUAAAAGUCUGUCAUGUCAUAUUCUAAACGUUACCUUUGAGGAAUAGGAACUUUAUUUCUAUCUUAUAUAUUUAAAUUAGUGAAAAAUUUUUAUAGUGAACAUAUAUAUACUUAAAUACUUUAUUUCAAAAAUAUGUAAAAGUAGAGAAAAUAGUAUAAUGAGCAUACAGUCCAUCAUUUAAAAUAUUUUGCCAAGUUUUUAUAAAUUUAGAACAGUCUUCUCUUCCCUCUUCUUUUGCUAUUGACUUAGUAAAGAAACAAUGUCCUACAUUCUGGAUUUGUCCAACUGUUUCCAUUUUUUUCUUUCCCCGUAUUUCUUGUAAACUGGAAAUUCUAUCUAAGGCCCUGAAUAGGUUAACGAUCAAUAUUUCUAUCAAUAGGAGGCAUACAAUUUGGUUGUUCUACUUUUAGUAAUGCUAACAUUGAUCACUGGGUUUUCCAAUGUGAAGUUUUGUUUCUCCUACAACCAGCCAACAGUCUGAAGAGAUACUUUGGCAGCCAGUUCCUCAUCAAUCUUUUAUCUAAUGGUUUUGCUGCCUGAAUUAUUUUCAUGAAAUAUUGUGAUUCUCUAUGUUUUCUUCUAUGCUUGUUAAGCGAAAUUCUUCUGAAAAAAAAAAAAAAAAAAAAAAGAGCUUUCCCCAUCAACUAAUGUUAUUUGAUUAUAGUAUUUUUUAAAACUUACUUUAAAAAGAUAUCUAAUUAUUAGAAUUGUUGUGUGUCUUCCUUUAUAGACUAAGAGUCUGUGGAGGGCAGAGACUGUUAAGAGACAACAGGCCCAAAAUGGAGUUAUCUAUGUCAACACCCACAUUUGCAAAGCAAGACUUGAUAUCCAACCUAACUGCAGUUUCAGGCUGUUCUAGGAAUAUAAUCUUAACUAGUAGUCUGGAAUUUCCUGUUAGUACUAGUGAGGUGAUCCUCUUAAUAGACUCCAGCCUUCCCUAAAGAACAGUGCAUUUGCCUGAAAUAAUCCUUUUUUGUUUAUGAAAUUCCUUGCCCUACCCCCUUUCUGUCAUGAAAAAACCUGUCCUUUUCUGCAUUUCUUUGGAGUUCCUAUUUGCUAGAUGGGAUGCUGCCCCAAUUGUUGAAUAAAGUCAAUAAGAUCUUCAAAUUUA